UGAUACUUUUUGUGUUUGGUGUAUUCAGCAGUAGGCAUGGUAAUUUUUUUUUUAAGAGUGAUUUAUAGGAGCUUCAGUAAAUGCUGCAUAUUGUAUUUCAAAGAGUUUCCUGUCAUGACCUCAUAAAAAGAGGAGGCGGCUUGUAUGUGUACCAGCGCCUAGUAUAUGCCGAUUUGUUGCAUCGUUGGGCAGGAGUUCUGUAAGAAGGAAUGUCAGCUUUUACAUAACGUUCUUUUUGCUUUUGACACUGUGAGGGGCUGUAAGGGUCCAUCUUUGUGAUCACAGAUGGAGUGGAAUGGCUUGAAAAUGAUAAUUAGCACCAUGGAGCCUCAGGUGUCAAAUGGCCCUACAUCCAAUACAACCAAUGGACCUGCCAGCAACAGUAGGAACUGCCCUUCCCCUAUGCAGACAGGGGCUACUACAGAUGACAGCAAAACCAACCUCAUAGUCAAUUACUUACCCCAGAAUAUGACCCAGGAAGAGUUCAGGAGCCUUUUUGGGAGCAUUGGUGAAAUAGAGUCCUGUAAACUCGUAAGGGACAAAAUUACAGGGCAGAGUUUAGGGUAUGGAUUUGUUAACUAUAUUGAUCCAAAGGAUGCAGAGAAAGCCAUUAACACUUUAAAUGGACUCAGACUCCAGACCAAAACCAUAAAGGUUUCCUAUGCCCGUCCAAGUUCGGCAUCAAUCAGAGAUGCUAACCUGUAUGUCAGUGGCCUUCCAAAAACGAUGACCCAGAAAGAGCUAGAGCAGCUUUUCUCGCAAUAUGGGCGCAUCAUCACCUCACGAAUUCUGGUUGAUCAAGUCACAGGUGUUUCUCGAGGUGUGGGAUUUAUCCGUUUUGAUAAGAGAAUAGAGGCAGAAGAAGCCAUAAAGGGACUUAAUGGCCAGAAGCCUAGUGGUGCUACAGAACCGAUUACUGUGAAGUUUGCUAAUAACCCCAGUCAGAAAACAAGCCAAGCCCUUCUUUCCCAGCUGUACCAGUCUCCCAACAGACGCUACCCUGGACCUCUUCACCACCAGGCUCAGAGAUUCAGGCUGGACAAUUUGCUUAAUAUGGCCUAUGGCGUAAAGAGGUUUUCCCCAAUCACAAUUGAUGGGAUGACAAGCCUUGUGGGGAUGAAUAUUCCUGGCCAUACUGGGACUGGAUGGUGCAUCUUUGUCUACAAUUUAUCACCCGACUCAGAUGAAAGUGUGCUGUGGCAGCUGUUCGGCCCCUUUGGAGCAGUCAACAAUGUCAAGGUGAUCCGUGAUUUCAACACCAACAAGUGCAAGGGAUUUGGCUUUGUCACCAUGACCAACUACGAUGAAGCCGCCAUGGCAAUUGCCAGCCUUAAUGGAUAUCGCUUAGGAGACAGAGUAUUGCAAGUUUCCUUUAAAACCAACAAAACCCAUAAAUCCUGAAUUUCAUAUCCUUAAUAAUAAUUAUUAUAAAUAUAUAUAUAUAUAUAUAAAUAUAUAUACGAACAAAAAAAAAACUCUUCAAGGCUUAUACUCAACCAUGGACUUUUAUAAGCCAGUGUUGCCUAAGUAUUAAAACAUUGGAUAUCCUGUGAACAGGAAGGGAUUUUAUAAUGCUUAGAAGAAGAAGAAAACCUUUGAUGCAUUGAAUGUUCUUUCAUAGCUGUCGUUGUUGAAUAUAAUAUACAUAGAUAACAAUGUGCAGGGAUUUUUACCCGGCCAGCUAGUUUUACUACCUUCCUUGAAGGUGGGUCUUUUUAAGAUGACCAUUCACUCAUUUGAAAAAAAAAAUAAGAAAAACCUAAAACCAUUUUUACAAACCAAUGGGAUUAGCAGAUUUUGCUCUUUUUUUCCAAAAUGUUUGAUCCAAUCAGAUUGGUAAACCCCCAGCAUAAAUUAAAGAGGAACAAUAAAAAUUGCAAAACAAAAAGCAUAAUUUUGCAACUUUUUUUAUUUUUCCUUUUUUCUUUUGUAUCAUGUGAACUAAACAGUUUUCUGUUAGGGAUAGGGUAAAAGGGGGGAUACCUGAUGACAUAACAGUUUAAAUAACAUUAACAAUGUUGCCAAAGAGGUGGUCUCUUUGCUGAAAAUGGGUUUCAAGAAAAAUCUAUUUUUAUAAAAUAUAAAGAAUUUUUACAAGAGAAUCUGGAUUUGAGAAAAAAAUAUUUUGACUGGCUAAUUUAGGGGAAAUUGACAACUUUGUCAUGUUCAUACUGCACUGGUAACUUUUUAGAGAUCAAGAUGUGUGUUUUAAACUGGAUUAAGUAGAUUGUUUUUUGAAGGAUGGGCUACAAACAGAUGAUCUUCGUAUCUUUUCAUAGCAUGUAAUUAAAAUAUUAAAUACAGAAUGGGAGAGUGUUCUUCCCAGGCACACAGUUACCCACAGUCAAAACCCAAAAGCAAGGAGAUGAGUUGCAGGAUGGUUUUUCUUUAAGUCAUCAGUAUGGGAUAUCAGCAGAACAAAAGUUUUGAAAAAAAAAUUAAUUUUAAUCAAAAACUUCCUUUGUUCGAGCAGUAGGUGCUACAAAAUUAUUUACAUAUCUUAGUAUCAUAGUUCAAUGUAAUGUGUUUAGAGGGGGGAAAGUACAUUUGCUUUAAAUUGGUUAAGAAUUUUCAGAUUCACUUUUCUAGCCCAUACUGAUAUAAAUUGGGCUGUGUUGGCACAUUUGAAACACUCUUUAUGUUGCUUGAAACACUUAUUUAUUUAAUUGCUGAUGUGACGCAUAUGCCAAAUCCAAUAUUGCUAGUUUGGCUAGUCUACUUAUUUGUUUACUUAAACUAUGGGAAGAAGCAUAUUAUUGUGUCAUUUUGUUGUGUGUGUAUGUGUAUAUAUAAUAUAAAUAUAUAUAUAUAUAUAAAGUUAUUUUUUUCUUUUGAUUAACUUAUUCUAAGUUGUAACACUUUGCUAGUUUUGUUUGUAUAUGUCUCAAAAUGUUUUCUUAUGAUACUUAAGUGGCAAGAGGUAUCAAGGUAACUUGUGUAGAGAAAUAUUGUUUGAGAUAUUGUCAUGUUUGUUGUGAAUAUUUUUUUCUUACUGCACAGUAGAAAAAACAACAACUGGGUCUUUAUUUUAAUGUAAUUCAGAUUGGGGGAAACAGAGCUAAGGGAACAAAAUGACUGAGGGAGUGCUCUCUCACGUCCAGUGCACUGAUCCUUUUCGUAUGUCUGUGCUUUGUAUGGUUAUAUAUUUAAAACAAAACAAAAAGGUCAUGCUCUUCCCUGAGUACUAGAAACAGUUACUCGCUAUGCAUAAUCUAGUUGAUAGUUAAAUUUGCUAUUGCUUUUCUUGUCUUGUUAUAUAAAAUCUUUUCAAUACCAGUUUAGUCUUAAUGGUAAUAAAACGUUAUGGUUCUUUAUAACUUGUGCUUAUUUUGUGCAUUUUUUCCAUGCUAUUAUACCCACUAACUGCAUGUAAAACAAGUACUUUUUUUCCACAUUGAAGAGACAAAUUUUUUAGUAGACCAGUAUCUAAAAGCAAAGGCUACAUGUUAAAUUUUAUCUGUUCCUUUACAUUUAAAAAAUAUUUUAGUUUCAAAACAAAAAGAAAAUACCCUCAUUCAGCGUUUGGGGAAAACCUUUCUACGUCAUCUGCUGUGAAUGAGCGCAGUUUAGUUUGCUGGGAAAGUUUUGAUGCAGUUUCUAAGCAUUAGUGGAGAAGACAUUUCAGAAGCUUUUCUCUACAAUGUGUUUUCCUAUCUGAAAUAAAAAUAAAAAAUCUUUCUUAGGACCAGGCAGUUGUAUAUUUUAGUUACAAUGUAUUUACUUCAUGUUUAACUUGCUAGUUUAGAUCAUUUCUGAGGGAAAGUAUUGUAAAUGUUUUUUUCAUAACCUUGUUGUGUUUGAAUUAUUUGUAUUUAAAUUGUCCAGACAAUAAAUGAAAGUGUGUAGAAUGGC